AAGAAGUGAUCACUACUUUUUGAACAAGUAAUCUUGUGAGUAAUCUAUGGACACUUGUCAAACGUCAACCUGUUGUCAAGUUGUCAACUCAUUUUUUGUUUUAUUAUUUGCAACAAUUAUUUCGUUGAUUAUUUUGUUGAAAAUAUGAGAAUGGGAAGUUAAAUCUACAGGAAAGACCAACAUAUUACAAAUGGCGGCCUCAAUAGAAAUUCCUCUCCGUGAUACGGACGAGGUAAUCGAAUUAUACUCAGAUCAACUUCCCGAUGGAGAAGAAGUUUUAGGAAUUUUACGACAAGAGAAUACCCAACUUUCUAUUUGGGUUAAUCUUGCAUUAGAAUAUUAUAAGCAAGGAAAAAUUGAAGAUUUUAUAAAAAUAUUACAAGUAUCCAGAGUUGACGCAAAUGUUGAGUAUCGUGACUAUGAGAAGGACCAGAUGCGUGCCCUUGAUAUGCUUGCUGCAUACUAUGUGCAGGAAGCAAAUCGAGAGAAAAACAAAGAUAAAAAGAGAGACCUUUUUACUAAGGCAACAUUGCUGUAUACUACUGCUGAUAAAAUUAUUAUGUAUGACCAGAAUCAUUUACUGGGUCGAGCAUAUUUUUGUCUUUUGGAAGGAGAUAAAAUGGAACAAGCUGAUGCUCAAUUUAACUUUGUUCUUAAUCAAUCUCCAAAUAAUAUACCAUCUCUGCUUGGUAAAGCCUGUAUUGCCUACAAUAAAAAAGAUUUUCGUGGCGCUUUAGCUUUUUAUAAGAAAGCAUUGAGGACUAAUCCUAACUGUCCAGCUGCUGUUCGAUUAGGUAUGGGACAUUGUUUUAUGAAACUAAGUAACCAAGACAAAGCUAGGCUUGCAUUCGAAAGAGCUUUGCAAUUAGACCCUAAAUGUGUUGGAGCCUUAGUUGGUUUAGCUAUAUUAAAGUUAAAUUUACAACAACCAGAGUCCAUUAAAAACGGGGUGCAGAUGUUGUCAAAAGCAUACACAAUUGAUUCCUCAAAUCCUAUGGUUUUAAACCACCUAGCUAAUCAUUUCUUUUUCAAAAAGGAUUAUAAUAAAGUUCAACAUUUAGCUUUGCAUGCGUUCCAUAAUACAGAGAAUGAAGCGAUGAGAGCUGAAAGUUGUUAUCAGCUUGCUAGAGCAUUUCAUGUACAAGGAGAUUAUGACCAAGCAUUUCAGUAUUACUAUCAAGCAACUCAGUUUGCACCUAUUGCUUUUGUUUUGCCACAUUUUGGUUUGGGACAAAUGUAUAUCUAUAGAGGAGAUACAGAAAAUGCAGCUCAGUGUUUUGAAAAAGUUUUAAAAGCUCAACCAGGGAAUUAUGAAACAAUGAAAAUUCUAGGGUCUCUUUAUGCAAAUUCAUCGUCUCAGUCAAAAAGAGAUAUUGCAAAAAACCAUCUUAAAAAAGUAACUGAACAAUUCCCCGACGAUAUUGAAGCCUGGAUUGAGUUGGCACAAAUCCUUGAACAAUCAGAUCUUCAAGGAUCAUUAAAUGCUUACGGAACAGCAAUUAACAUCUUGAAGAAAGAUGUCCAAGCUGAAAUACCAACAGAAAUUUUAAAUAAUGUUGCAGCUUUACACUACAGGACAAAUAACUUGGAAGAAGCUAAGAAUACUUUAGAGGAAGCCUUACAAAGGGCAAAAGUCGAAGCAGAACAUGAUCCUCAGUAUUACAAUUCAAUUUCAGUUACCAUAACGUAUAAUUUAGCUAGACUAAAUGAAGCCCUAUGUUUAUUUGAUAAAUCAGAAAAAUUAUAUAAGGACAUUUUAAAGGAGCAUCCAAACUAUGUUGAUUGUUAUUUAAGGUUGGGAUGCAUGGCUAGAGAUAAAGGUCACAUAUAUGAAGCGUCAAAUUGGUUUAAGGAAGCCUUAGGUAUUAACUCUGAACAUCCUGAUGCUUGGUCGUUAUUAGGAAACCUUCAUCUAGCUAAAGCAGAAUGUGGGCCUGGUCAAAAGAAAUAUGAGAGAAUAUUGAAAAACCCUGCUACUUCACAAGAUUCAUAUUCUUUAAUAGCUCUUGGAAAUGUCUGGCUUCAGACUUCACACCAACCUUCAAAAGACAAAGAAAGAGAAAAAAGACAUCAAGAAAGAGCGUUAUCCAUGUUCAAACAAGUUUUAAAAAUUGAUCCGAAGAAUAUUUGGGCUGCUAAUGGCAUUGGUGCUGUUUUAGCCCAUAAAGGUGCUGUAAAUGAAGCAAGAGAUAUAUUUGCCCAAGUCCGAGAAGCGACAGCAGAUUUUUGCGAUGUUUGGCUAAAUAUUGCCCAUGUUUAUGUAGAACAAAGACAGUUUGUUAGUGCUAUUCAAAUGUAUGAAAAUUGUCUUCGAAAAUUUUUUAAAUACAACAAUGUCGAAGUCUUACAAUAUCUUGCCAGGGCUUAUUAUAAAGCUGGAAAGCUAAAAGAAUCCAAGAUGGUUCUUUUAAAGGCAAGAAGAGUGGCUCCACAAGAUACCGUUUUGUUAUACAAUAUUGCAUUAGUUCUGCAAAGACUAGCCACACAAAUUCUGAAAGAUGAAAAAUCAACCUUACAAACUGUCCUGCAAGCUGUUCAUGAACUUGGAUUAUCGUUAAAGUAUUUUACAUAUCUGUCAGAAUUUGGUGACAAAAUGCGAUAUGAUGUUAAUCUGGCUGCUUUGGAAGCUAGACAAUGUAAGGAUUUGUUGUCACAGGCACAGUACCACGUGGCCAGAGCUCGUAGAGUAGAUGAAGAGGAAAGAUUACUUAGAAGAAAACAAGAUGAGGAACGCACAGCAUUUAAAAUGCGACAAAUCGAAGAACAGAAAAGACGUGAAGAAGAAAGUAGAGUAACAAAGGAAAAAAUGUUACAACAACGUCAAGAAUAUAAGGAAAAAACCAAAAAUGCUUUGGUAUUCCAAGAUAUGCCAUCUGAAAAGAAAUCCAAAGGUGGAAGGGGUAAAAGAGAUGUUUAUGUAUCAGACUCUGAUAGUGGCCAAGAAAACAGAGAGGAUGGUGCAGAACCAAGACCCAAGGAGAAGAAGGAAAGAGGAAGGAAGCGUAAAAGAAGUGGAGAAAGGAAAAAGAGAGGUGGAAGAAAGAAAGGCAGCGAUUCUGAUGGGAGUGGGGAUAGACCCAAGACGAAAAGGAAGAAGAAACCGGAAAAGAAGAAAAAUCGGGACGAGGGUCUCACCGCUAAACAAAAAAUGCGGAUUGUUUCAAAGGCCACUAUUUCUACCAGUGAAGAUGAUAGUGAUACUGAAAAACGGCUUAAAAUUGGCAGCAGCGAUGAGAGUGAUGGCGGAAAAACCAAUAAGAAGCGAAGAAUUUCAUCCGGUUCCGAUCGAAGCUCCAGAUCAAGGUCUAGGUCCAAAAAUAGAUCACGGUCAAGGUCAUCUAGUAGAAGCGGAAAAUCCAAAUCACGAUCCAAAAGUCGAUCAAGAUCCAAAUCCGGAUCUCGUUCAAGUUCCAGAUCCAGUUCCAGAUCAAGAUCUGGUUCCCGAUCAAAAUCCCGUUCCAAAUCGAGAUCAAGAUCAAAAUCUGGAUCCCGAUCAAAAUCCCGCUCCAAAUCGAGAUCAAGAUCAAAAUCUGGUUCUCGAUCAAAAUCCCGCUCUAAAUCGAGAUCUAGAUCAAAAUCUGGUUCCCGAUCAAAAUCCCGCUCCAAAUCGAGAUCAAGAUCGAAAUCGGGUUCUCGUUCAAAAUCCAGAUCAAAAUCUCGAUCGCGAUCCAGAUCGGGUUCAAGAUCAAAAUCCCGUUCCCGAUCGAGAUCAAAAUCUGGCACGCGUAAAUCUCAUUCGAGAUCGAGAUCAAAAUCAAAAUCCAGAUCGCGAUCUAAGUCUCAUUCCAGGAGUAAGUCAAGAUCAAGGUCGCGAUCUAAAUCAGCCUCAAGAAGUAGAUCAGGAAGUCCAAAAACUUAAGUUUAGUGUAAUUGGUAACAAACCGGGUAACAACAAAAUCUUUAUUCAAACCAUAGCCGCCGUUCAGUUACUUCUAAUGUGAUUAAUUAUGUAAUAAAUUUAAAGCUUCUUUUAAAAUGUGUUAGUUUUUUAACA